AUGCCGCUGUGUCUGGGUUCUUGCGAGGCUCACUCUUGCCGCAGCGGGAGUCGGCAGAGUCUGCCUUGCCGAGAUACAAAGGAGCUACGACAACGCUUUUCUAAUCUUCGGCUGACGACGUCGUUAAUAGGCAACGCGGAUCCCGACGUGACUCCGCCAAUUCUGCCAAUGAGCAAGCGUGACGAUAUUGUGGUGGAUCGUCUGUCUAGGAAAGUGGACGCGAGUAGCUUCGCCACCGUUUUGAAGGCGUACUUGAUCAUCAAAACCAGGCUGGCUGCGCAGAGAGCGAAUCGCGAGUUCCAGCUCAACCGGCGACGGUCCCUGGCUAUCCUCAACAGGAGGAGUAGCCGUGUAGCUCUUGAGAGCCCGUCGCAUAAGGCAAGGCGGAGCGGCUUGAAGAAGUCGGCGCCACCGCCAGAGGCGCCAGGGCUAGGCGGAGAGAGUCGAAGGGCGGGCAACGGCAGCAGCGCCAAACGGGAAGUGCUGGUUCCUCAGGCGUCCCCCCCGUCGCGCCGCUCGCCAGCAGAUGACGACGAGGACUCCAGCCACAGUUCCGGCGCGAGGAGCGACUCCGAAAGCGAAGGCGUUAAGCCUGUCGGGGCUGUAGGUAGAAUGAAGGCCUGUCAGUCGCUUCUCGACCAGCGCUUGGGGUUUUUGGGUUUCAAAAGUGUACGCAGUGAGGGUGACGGAAAUUGCCAAUUCCGGUCGUGUUCGUGGAAUAUGUUCGGCUCGGAAGAGUACCACAGAGUGGUGCGGGCGCGCGCAGUUCGGCAUAUGCGCGAGCAUAGAGACGAAUAUGGGGUGUUUUUCGGGAAGGAGGAAUUCGAGAGGUACUUGAAGAAUAUGUCACGGCCAGGAACGUGGGGAGAUGAACUCACUGUCCGCGCAAUCGCUGACAGUUUCCAGUGUACGAUCCACAUCAUCACCUCCACAGACGCGAACUGGUAUCUGCGGUAUGAUCCACAGGACGGGGAGGAAACUCUUGAGCCCGUUCGACACAUUUUCCUCACGUACAUCUCUCCAAUUCAUUACAACUCAUUCACUAUCGAAGACACCUCAGCUUCGGACACUGAAAGCACAGGUGCAAAGCGUGCGUGA